AUGCGAGCUUCGUUGGCUCUACCAAGCACCAUCGCCUUCGCCUCAUCACACGCUUCUCCCAUGCCAAGUCUGACAGAGUCGCUGACGUGGGCGGCUGCCCUAGACAGGUUCUUGCGUGGCUCGCAGUCUGUAGUUCCGGUGCCUGGUGGUGACGACAUCGAAUGGCAGCAGUUCUCGGGCAAAAAUCUCAGCUGUAGAGUGGUCUUCUCACAGCCCAGCACCGAUGCGUCGACGAAAGCUGGGAGCAGAGAGGCUGGUAUCAGCUCUGCGACAUCUUGGAAGCUGUCGAGUGACCGUCAGCUGCGCAUCACUGUGCAAUGUGGGUCGACAAAGACGAGCGAUGACCAAUCUGAAGCACGAAGCGUUGCGCCUUCGACUUGCGUUGAGCGCGUCGAGCCAGAGGAUGUCGACUUGGUGAGCGUGAACAGGACUUACUAUCACACAGACCAUCGCCUGGGUGCUGUCGAAACAGCGCACCGUGGUCUGGUGAUUGGUAUCCGCUAUCUCGACCAACUGGAUGCAUCCAAGCUCCACUUCUCGCGAGAAGAGGACAAAUCGUUCUUUCUUGGUCUCAUAGAGCCGGAGAGCACCAUGCGUGCGCCUCUUACGGCCUCGGCUAAGCUUGCUGCGCCCGCAAGCUCUGCGACGCCUACGCAAGCAUCGACAUCAGGGCAAAUCGACGAGAGCCAGUCUCAAAGCGGAAGCCUGCUGCAGCGGCUGGUGGAGAUGAAGGCGGUGCCGGUGGCCCCCAAAAUCGAUGAUGGCCAAGAGAUUAAUGCUGGUGGUCCCUCAAACAUCUUGCACGUGGGGACUGCUGUCGAUCUCGCUCCCCACGAUGUCCAAUAUGGCUGGCAAAGUCAGGAGAGCCCACAAGCUUGGCGCUGCCUUUCCUGCGGCAGCUCUGACAUGACCACACCUGGCACGCAGACGGCUCAUACGGAGCAGACCCUUGUGGAUACCGACUGCACCGUCGACGACGCAGCAUACGAAGGCUGGCCCUGCCCGAGCGCAGUCGACUGCAUCGUGGCAGAUGUUCGCAGACUCUGCCUGCCCAAUCCAGCUCUGGCCGACUUGGUAGAUCGAUGCAUCGAGGACGUCUUGUCUGGCUGCAGUCUUGAUCAGAGCCAAGGCGAAGUCAAGACGCAGGCAGACCCUCCCAUUCGCACCCUAGCAAUCCCUCGUCGCCGUCGUCGAGACGCCCCAGCGCCCCUUUCAUCGUCGCCUGCGCUGCACCCACUCGAACAAGCAGCAACUCUGGGCAAGUCGAGCAACCCUACACCCGUUCAUCUCGCCUCCUGCGGUGACCAGCACCGACACAUCUACGCGCCUCGUCUCGCACCGCAACCACAGUGUCGCGUUCGGAUCGUCAUUCAGUACCAUCAUCGGCUCGCCUCCGUAAGCAUUACAGCAUUCAACUUGCGGCUACCGCUCCAGCUCGACCUCGCCAAACUUGCAUCCUCGCCAAGUGCCUUGUCCAGCAUUCACCCUUGCACUCAGCAUCCAAACCUAGGAGCAACUCCGCCCAUAUCGCCAUCCUCCAUGCGCACGCCUCAGCGCGCCGCAGCGGCGGGACCUAGCCGGCGCAGCAAUCGUGCGGCGGCCACGCUCAAGAACGAGCGCAUCACUCGCAGCAGCCGGGCCAAAAACAGCUAUGCCCUAGACGAUCCCGAGCAGGUGGAGCGCGAUCUCAACUCGCAGCUCAAGCGCAUGGGGCUGUAUGCCGCCAAUACGACAGGCGACGGCAACUGCCUCUUCAGGGCACUCUCCGACCAGCUCUACGGCUACCCAGGUCGACACGCCGAGUUGCGGCAAGAGACGUGCGAUCACCUCGCCGAGCGGCCAGACAAGUUUGCCGGUUUUGUGGACGAUAAGCCCUUCGAAGAGUACGUCCGCCUCAUGCGAGAGAACGGAACCUACGGCGGUCACCUCGAACUGCACGCCUUUGCGCAGAUGAAGCAGAAGCAGAUCAAGAUCGUGCAGCCGGGACUGGUAUACGUGGUCGAGGGCGUCGACGAUUCGCCCGAGGCGCUACGCGCACGUGAAGCCAAGGAGCAGGAGCGACUUCGGGUGCAAAACUCCAUCGAAGCAGGCACGGACGCUGGUCCGCUCACCGAGCGUCAACGGCGUCGGCAGAAGCGCGAGGAGACCAAGCGCGAAAAGGUGUCCAGAGUCGAUGGCGCAGAUCCGUCCGCCUCCACUCCUUCGCCCAAUGCCGCUCAGACAGGGACAACGACGGAAGCAGAAGAUGCGACAUCGAGCCAGGCGACCGCAUCCACAUCUACGUCAUCACAAGAUGCGAGCACCUCGACGCUCCAACAACCGCCGGAGGCGUACGGCCCACUUUACAUUGCGUAUCACAAUUGGGAGCACUACAGCUCGAUCCGAAACCUCGACGGCCCGCAUUCCGGUCUACCGCGCAUCAAAGAGCAGAUCGCGGCAGCUGCGGCGGCGUCGGACGCGGACAGCAGAAGCACAGUCAAGGACGACGCGGAGCCGACCACCGAGGAAAAGAUGGUGCUGCAGAGCAUCAGCGGAGACCACGACCUGCAAGAGGUGCGUCGGCUGCUGCGCGAGAAUCUGAACGAUUGGGCGCACGUGGUGGAACUGCUCGUGGAGAAGGACACCAUCAUUGACGAGGAGGAAGUCGGAGCAGAGCUGCAGGCGGUGUCAUCCCCGGGCGAGGCAUCGGCGAAUGCGGCGGAACGAUCCACAUUGGCGGCUCCAACCCCGCUUCCGGACCACAUGCGACGGUGGCGUGCCACAUCGCCUUCGUCGGUGGACACGUCGGCGACGCACAGCAGUGGUGAAGGCGACUCACCUUCGACCACGGCCACCACGGACGAUGGGGGCGACACGACGGCGUGUGCGUCUCCGGAGGCGUCGAGCGGGUCGCGGGGCAGCACGCCGGGCGUCGAGAGGCUAAGCAGCAAGCGCGCUGCGUCGUCGGAUGCGAUGACGAUGAGCAUGAUUCGCAGUCCGAAGCGCCGCUCGCAAAGCCGAUCGCCCGACUUCAAUGCCCUUCCGGACUCGCAGCCGGACGAAGAGGGCAAUGGGUCGGCGGCGGAAGCGACAGCCACAACCACGACGGCCGAGGACGAGGCGCAGGAAGGCGAAACCGUGUACGAGAUCAUCAAGCGCGGCCGCGGGCGUCCGCGCAAGGACGGCCUGCCGAACAAGUCGAGCAUUGCGGUCAAGCGGCGUGUGCCUACGGCGCGCGAGAAGCGCGAUGCGGCGCAGGCUCGCAAGCGCGAGCGUCAGCUCGAGAAGGUCGGCCGUGCGCGCGCACGCCUGACUGGCGACGAGACGGCGAGUUCGAGCCCGCGCCCUUCGCCCGCCGAGGUGUGCGGAUUCCGCGAACUCAAGAUCUGA